GUUGCGCUGUGGCCGGUCGGCUGGGGUCACGCGCCUUCGUGCGCGCACGAUGGGUUUGGAGCCCUUGGGCCUCAGCCCGGAGCCGGAGUGCCGACUCCCAGCCGGGGGGCCCCGCCCGGCCCGCCGGUGUGGGGGGCGUGCUCCGCGAAGGGGAAACUGAGGCCGAAGAAAGUUGAGUACUUUCCCCAAAGUCACAAAGCUGAGUUUGGCCCAGACCCUAGGAUACCCACCAGCCCACUCUGUCCACCAUCCGGAAGAAUCGUCCCUGUCCUUGACUUCCCAUUCUGUGCGCCUGGCUUCCCUCUAAGCACAGAGCCCCGGGAUCACGCUUGACCUUCCUCAGCCAAGUAUGCAUGCCAGGGAACCCCCUGGCCUAUUGUCUCCAGCGCUGCCUCUUGCCUCCUCUGUCCUCAUGCUGCUGAUGAGCAGCCUGUGGCUGGUGGGGGCCGGCCCCAGCCUGACCCUGGCCCCGGAGCUGCUGUUGGACCCCUGGCAGGUGCACCGGCUGCUGACCCAUGCCCUGGGCCACACGGCCCUGCCUGGCCUGCUCCUGAGCCUGCUGCUCCUGCCUGUCCUGGGCUGGCGGCAGGAGUGCCACCUGGGCACACUGCGAUUCCUGCACGCCUCUGCCCUGCUCUCCCUAGCCACUGGGCUGCUGGCUGUGCUGCUGGCAGGCCUUGGUGUGUCCAGUGCAGCUGGUAGCUGUGGAUACAUGCCUGUCCACCUGGCCAUGCUGGCAGGGCAAGGUCACUGCCCUAGAUAUUCCCAGGGACUGCUGCCACCGUGGUUGCUGCCAUGGCUGCUGCUUGCCCUGACCCCCCUGCUCAGCUCCGAGCCACCUUUCCUGCAGCUCCUUUGUGGCCUCCUUGCUGGCUUGGCCUAUGCUGCCAGAGCCUUAAGGUGGCUGGAGCCCUCGGAGCAGCGCCUACAGGUGAUGCAGGAGAGCAUCUUGUGCAGGACCCUGGCUAGGUGCUGGCCUUUGAGGCUCCUUCCCACCCCAGGCAGCCUGGCUGAGCUGCCUGUCACCCUUCCUGCUGGAGCGAGGUCUGCCAUCCCUGGACCUCCUUACCAAGUCUCCCCUCCACCCUGGUCCCAUGGUGAUGGCACAGCCCAGCUCCCGCCAGGCCCGGGGCCCGUGCAGCUGACCUGGGAGGACCUGGAGGUGGGCCUGGACUGGGCUGGGUCCCGCUUCCCCCCAGGGGCCCCGAUGUGGGCCGUCCUGGAUGAGCAGAUGCUGCAGGAGGGGAUUCAGGCCUCACUGUUUGACAGGCCAGUUGAGGAGACCCAAAGCCCACUGUGGCUGCCCAAGUCCUCAGUGUCCUCUCUGCGGCUGCAGCAGUUGGAGCGCAUGGGCUUCCCCACAGAGCAGGCAGUGGUGGCCCUGGCAGCCACAGGCCGUGUGGAGGGUGCUGUGUCACUGCUUGUUGAGGGGCAGGUGGACACUGYGCCCCUGGUGACCCAGGAGGAGGCGGCUGCCCACUGCAAGGGCCCUGGGCCUCCCUAACCCAGGCAGAGGGUGGGGGCACAGGCUUGGCCUAAAGGCAGGUAGCCUGAGUCCCUGCUCUGUCCACUGAGCCAUCGUGGGAUACUGGGGCACCCCUGGGGGCAGGGGAGGCCCCAGAGCAUGCUGCCUGGUAGCUUUUUUAAGAAUAA